AUGUGGGCCAGAGUCACGGCGCAAUACCACGUCAUGGUGAGCGACGGAGCGUUCGGCAGCGAUAUUUUCCCUGAAGAUUUUCUGUCCCUGCAAGACCAGCAUUGUUCUGGUGACAGCAGCGGCAGUUACAGCAACAGCAGUAACAGCAGUAGCAGUGUCAACGGCAACAGUAACAACGGCGGCAGCAUUGAAAAAACUAAUCUCCGACCUGUCGCUUGGAUGGCGCUUGAAGCAAUAAUAACGGACUCCUCAUCGCUGCCUGCUGACGUUUGGUCGUGGGGCGUGCUGACAUGGGAGCUGAGCAGUCUGGCACAGCAGCCGUACGCAGGCCUCAGCUGUACCCAGAUAACAGAUUACCUGAGUUCUGGGUACCGUUUAGCUCAGCCUCCUACCUGCCCAGACGUGCUGUAUCAGCUCAUGGUGUUCUGCUGGGCCCUCAACCCCAGCCACAGGCCCAGAGCUGCUCUGCUGGUGGACUACCUCACAGGGUUGACACAAGAUACGCUGCCAGUAGCGCUGCCACACGAUGUGUCCUGUCGCCCUGACGCUGCACUGGCGACAGCUUUGCACGAGUCUCCGCGAGUCCAGCGAUGGCAAAAUCAAGCGGACUUUCGUGGCGGUUGUGCAAGCUUGUCGUCGAGUUCUUCGAGUAUGGAAGCUGAUAUGAAAGAUCAGCCUGAUAUCUCUCCAAAUAAAGAGCAGCAGCCUGAUGCGUCAGUUAUUAAAGAUCUUUCUGCUGUCGCUGUUUUUAAUGAUCAGCAUGAUUCAGUCCCGUCGAAUACACACAAAACCGAAGGUCCAAAUAUCACACCAUGCAGCACUGCCCGCGAAUUCGACGUAAAGGACGUUUCGGGAACAGCCGUCACUGAGGCAGCACAGUCGUUGCCUGGCAUCACCUCCUCCAAAGUAACUCCCGUUGGUAACUCACAUUUCCAGUGCUCGGAAUACAGCACACCAGCAUCACUUAUGGCAGACUUGCACUGGAAACCAUCCUACACAUUCGAAAUGAAUUGUAAAGAAUUUAACGACGGGAAAAUGAGCGCCAGCGCGGGUGUCGUGGAGCAGAGAACACGGCAGCAAGGAGGUAGUCGGCAGGGCAAAGGACGUGACCUUCCAACUUCACCGUCACCCAUCCACCCUUCAGAUCCUUCACUCCGGUCGACGUUGCUCUCUCCAGCAAGCACUAAUAAAUUGAAAUGA